UAUUCGUUGGGUUAUUUGGCUUGCUUGUUUUUUUCUUUAUGGAAUAUUUUGUUAUUUAAUUAUUUGGUUUUGUUUUUCAAAAAUAGUUGAUUAUAUACGCAGAAAUUUAAAACAAAGUAGCACUUGUCCUCGAGUAAAUGAAUUAAACAGACAAAUGACUAUGAAUAUGGCUAUACAAGCAUCAAUCCCUGUUCUCGACAUUCUUGUUUUUAUGUUUGUCACUUUUGCUUCUAUUGCUGAUGCUACAAGUGACUGGUUUAUUUGUCUAACAAUGCUUAUGGGUCCUAUAAUUAAUUGGAUUCCAGUUUUAAAUCCUUUAGCUACAAUAAUUACUGUAGCUCCGUAUAGAAGGACUUUGAUUAAAGUUGGGCCAAGUUUGCCCCCUGCAAUUAAUUCUGCACGUCCACCGAGUAAAUUACUUUAUAGGAGCAGCAAUUGA